AAAAUUCAACGGCAUCACAAAAUCAGCUGAUUCAUCACAAUACAUUUAGUACGAUUUUAUAAACUAUGUUAUAAAAUAUUAAAUAAUUUGAAACAAGUGUGACAUGUAGUGAUAGCAGUAUUAAAAUUUUAUGAAUAAUUAGAAGUAUGUUUUUAAAAAUAAAUCAAAGAAACUAUCAUGUUACAGAUUUGAUAGUUCGUAUCGCAUGUGUCGCUUUGGUGAUAUAUUGGGUUAUGCCAUGGCGAUUUGCUUCCCAUUAUGAAUAUUUACAACGAAAUGAGAUACAGCGCGAGCUUGUUGAACAAGUUACUAGCAAUAUUUCCAUGCAACGUAUGCCGGCAUGUGAAUAUAGUGAUAUCUUAGCAGAUAACGUUAUCACAUAUCUUUCGCAAUAUCGAGAACAUGUCUUGCGGGGAGAAGAAAUUUUACCUGGUGGCGAAUAUUUUCCAGAGGACUGCAGCGCACGCUUUAGUACGGCAAUCAUCGUGCCUUACCGAAAACGCGAGGAACAACUUCAUGCUUUUCUUGUUUACAUGCACAAUUAUUUGCGUCAACAACGUAUUCACUAUCGAAUUUUCUUAGUUGAACAGUAUGAUCAGAAACCGUUCAAUCGCGCCAAAUUAUUUAAUAUUGGCUCAGUAAUUGCAGCAGAACUUGAAUUUCCUUGUUUAAUAUUGCAUGACGUCGAUUUACUUCCAAUGAAUCUGGGACAAUUGUAUGCCUGUACUCAGAAACCUCGACAUAUGUCCUCCGCUUUGGAUAUUUUCCGUUUCACAUUACCUUAUGGAGGACUAUUUGGUGGUGUUGUAGCCAUUCAAACACAUCAAUAUCGUUUUAUUAACGGAAUGUCUAAUUUAUAUGAGGGUUGGGGAGGAGAAGAUGAUGAUUUCUACGCAAGAGUAUGUUCGCAUAAAUUAGGUAUUUGCCGCUUCGAUCCAAGCUACAGUACAUACACAAUGAUGCCUCAUAAACAGGAGAAGAAGAACGAAAAUCGUAUUAAACUAUUACGAAGCGGAUAUAAACGCUUUGAAAUAGAUGGAUUAAAUUCAUUAGUUUACACAGAGAAGGAACGUCGAUUGCAUAGUCUAUUUACACAUAUUUUAGUAGAAACGUGAAUUGCUGAGAUGAUGUCAGAGAUGUUAAACAAACAAGUUUCACAUAUUCGUCCGAUGGAAAUAGUUUAAGAACCUAUGAAAAAAAGGCUUGUGGUUGUAGUUAUUAACGCUAUAACGUAAUGAUAUACAUAUACAUAU